GUUUCAGUUGCUGGCUGGAAUUCGAGCGCGCAGCACACAUCGGUCGGAAUAAACACUUAGAAUGGAGAAGAACUAUCCGCCUCAGGCUCCUGGUUUCCAGGCACCGCCCAGUUAUGAUAACACCUCGCAGGCCUAUGGCCAGAUGAAUCAGCCGCAGGCAGUGAUAAUGCAGGCUCCUCCCAAUGUACUCGGCGGCGUACCAUCCAUGGCCACCUGUCCGAGCUGCGGCGUCCGGCGGCAGACGAAGGUGGAGUUCGAGCCGAGCACCAAGACCCAUCUGCUGGCGCUGCUCAUCUGCAUGCUGGGGGGCAUUUGCUGCUGCUGCAUUCCGUACUGCACCGACUCCUGCCAGUCGGCCAAACACACCUGUAGCAGCUGCGGCGCCUACGUGGGAACCUACAAGAACUAGGAGUGCUUUUGGAAUAGUAAUUACUACAGGAACAGGAACAGGUACCGAUCCCACUUUGCAUUUGCAGCACUUUGAAAUGGUCGAUGGGAUCAGAUUUGGAACGAAUACUUACAAAAUGUAACUCAUAUUCAGCUUUAUUGAACAUUGUUUCUGCAUUGGUGUACCUUUUAAAAUAAAUACAUAUAUAAUCACACGAA